AUGGCCAAGACCAAAGAGCUGUCAAAGGACACCACAAACAAAAGUGUAGACCUGCACCAGGCUGGGAAGACUGAAUCUGCAAUAGGUAAGCAGCUUGAUGUGAAGAAAUCAACCGUGGGAGCAAUUAUCAGAAAAUGGAAGACAUACAAGACCACUGAUGAUCUCCCUCGAUCUAGGGCUCCACCCAAGAUCUCACCCCUUGGGGUCAAGAACGCACUCCCUCCAGAGUGUGCGCCGGGAGGCCACUCAGUCCUCCAGAACCCCUACCGCAGCACCACCUUCAGCUCCAGCUGGCUGCAACAGUCAGCUCUGCAGGGCCUCAUUUGUGACCACUCCCUCACUCCAGGCUGGUACCAGUUUCAGAUCUUUGACAAGCCAGCCAGUAUGCCCACCCAGUGUGUGGAGGUGAACCAUUGUGGUACUCAGGCUACGGUGUGGCUGUCUCUGGUGCCAGGGCCACUGGAGGUCAGGCAGUUGACUGCCUGUGCUGCCUGGCAGAUACUCCCAAGCAGCAGCAAAGACUGCUGCAUGUUCCGGAUCCCGGUCACUGUCAGAAACUGUGGAGACUUCUAUGUUUACCUGCUCCAACCCACGCAAGGGUAUAUGGGGUACUGUGCACAGGCCAAUCAGCCUCCCACUCCAUCUAUGCCAGUGAUCAGCUCAGAGGUGACAAGUAACACCAUCUACCCGAAAUGCAGCUUUGGGAGCAGCUCCAACAGCUCCCUGGGUUAUGUGGUGGCCUGGUCUCGGCUUUCACCUGAAAGCAAGAAGGAGGAGUCCAAACAGGAGACCACUAUCCAGACUUCUGCCUUUAUUGAGCUGGACGGCUUCAACCUCCGUCUGGAUGAUAAGGUGCACUGCAGCUGCUACAGUUUCUUCUUGGACUCCCCUGACAAAUGGAGUACCUCAGUGGAAAGUCAGGAGUUCUUUGCUGGGAUUAGGUUAAGACCAGAGGUGAACAUUGUGUCUGAGGAUGGGAGGCUGUAUGAGUUAAUGGUUGAGAGCACAGUUCCUGUUCCAUGCUCUGGACGGGUUUCAUCCUCAACAGAAUAGUGCACUCUGUCCCUGGACCUCAUCACAAGCAGUCAAGAUGAGGGUUUGUUGGGUGCCGAUCUAUCUCUGUCCUCUUGUGCAGUGGAUCUGUCCCAUGGUCCCUGUAGGAACGGUGUUUGUAGCUCGACGCAGAUCCACUUCAGUCCCAUCAAUGACUUUGUUAGAGAUCCUCAGAGGACAACUCAGAUCUCUGUUAAACCCAUCCUCUCACAGAACUUUCUCUGGAAUGGAUACUCCCCAGAAUCUGUACAGAUAAUAGUAAAUGAUAUUCCCUUGGCCAACUGCUACUCCUUUACUGAUCCUCACAUUAUCACAUUUGAUGGCAGGUACUAUGAGAACUCCCAAAUAGGCACCUUUGUUCUCUAUAAGAGCAGUUUCUGGGCGUUUGAGGUUCAUGUCCAUCAGUGGGAGUGCAGCAGCUUGGUGCAUGCUGCUUCAUGGUGUGGCUUUGUAGCGAGGGAUGGCGGCGACAUAAUUUCUUUUGACAUGUGCAACAGGGAAAUGGGUAAAACCAAGCCUCACCUAUCUGUAAAGAACAGAGACUUGAACAAGAGCAGCAUUCAGAUCACUGAGUCCUACCAAGGACGUAAAAUGACCUUAACCCUAACCUCGUAUGGAGCGCUUGUCUGUGCAGAUGUGUCUGACUGAGGAAUGAGUCUGACACUAAGGGCCCCCAGUUCGGACUGGAAUCACACUGAGGGUUUGUGUGGGACCUACGAUGGACAGCCAGACAAUGGCUUCCCCUUCCACUCUGUAGGCGGUUCCAAAGUGGAUGAUCUGCAGGCUUUUAUUGUAGAGCCCAGCACCUCAACACCUAGAGCCCGAUCUCGGACAACUACAUCCUUCGACUCCAGCUGCUCUAAUCAUGGCAACGUACGUUCGCUCAGUGUCAUCCCCACUCUGGACAUCACUACUGAGUACAUCAGCUCAGUGGAGCUACUCAAAGGAAAUGAAAGUGAGCAGCUCCCUCCAGACCAGAUCCCAGAGAUCACCGCGCUUGGGAAGGGAGGCUUGUAUGAUGUCCAUCAGGGAGACGACUGCUACAUGAUCCAGGUCUAUGGUCAAGGCUUUAGGGACUCCUUCAAUCUCAAGUGUGAAUUUGUUAAAUAAAAUUUUGUGGAUGGCGAGUGGGUUCUGGACAGACCUCAGUUCCUGGCCACCUUUCUGGAUUGGACAGCUCUAGAGUGCCAGCUCCCUCUGGAGGACAUUUGGACUCCUGCAAGUGUAGACCUGAACAAAUUAAGAAAUGUUGUGUUCCUCAAACCAUCUGUUGGGGUGCAAAAUCCUAGCAGCCGUUGCCUCACAUGCCGACCAGACACAUGGUCCACAACACAGAACAACAAACCUCCACUCCUCCAGUCACCAGCUCAUCUUCGGUCCUUCCAAGGGGAGAAUUUCAUCUACCAGCUACAACCCCGUGGUCUUAAUGGCUCGGUGGCUAUUUUCACCCUGUUGUCAGGUCCUGAAGGUGCAUCUCUGUCCCCAGCUGGCCUGUUGAUGUGGAAGGCUGUUGCUGAACCUACCACCACACACACUUUUCUGUUUAGUCUGACCAAUGACUGUAAUGCUGAGACCAGAGCUUCUGUAGAGGUGUCUGUGCGUUUCUGUGAAUGUCUGAAUGGAGCUUCGUGUGUUGCCAACAUCAACCUCCCUGCUAGCAAUGGGGAAUAUGUGUGUAUAUGUCAGGAUGGAUUUAAGGGGGAGAUGUGUGAGGUGGAUAUCGACGACUGUAAACCUAACCCUUGCAGACUGGGCCGCUGCAUUGAUGGGCCCAACUCCUUUUCCUGUAUCUGUCCACCUGGAAUGACAGGUCAUACAUGUAGAAAAGAUAUUGAUGAGUGCAUCUCUCAGCCAUGUUUUCCUCGAGUAGACUGUAACAACAUGCUGGGAUCCUUUAUUUGUGGACUGUGCCCUCAAGGAUACAGUGGUGAUGGGAAAAAAUGCAAACUCAAAGUGGUGAAGACACCAGCGGGAGUACCGCAGGCUUCGCUGAUGCCCAAACCUUCAAGCCCAUUGCUGUGCACCAGAGGGCCAUGUUUCCCAGGGGUCCAGAGUUUUGAGAGCAUUCAUGUUUCAGCAGGCUUUGUUUGUGGCCCCUGCCCUCCUGGUCUACCUGGAAAUGGGCAAACAUGCACAGCAACUGGUCAGAGGACAGUCGUCAGUGGUGGAGAUAAUGUCAACAAAGAGACGACUAUCUCUUCCUCCCCCUCAUCAUCACCCAGACGUCCACCAAACAGGAAGACGAGACCAGAUACCACCAUCUCCAGUAUUAGGAGAUUUUCUUCCUUGGACAGAAAGACCACAGCAACACCACUGAAUCAAACUGCACUCACAAUUGGGAUGAGAAGGAGCUCACCAGUUCAUCAUGGGACAUGUGGUCCGCAUGGUUACACUGGGGAUGGAGUCACAUGUAAAGCUGUGUGCAGGUAUCAGUGUGCAAGAAACAUGGAGUACACUCUGCUCAACACCUGCACCUGCAAGGAAGGUUAUACUGGAUACGACUUUCACAUAGCCAUAUGUCAACCCGACUGUAUGAAUCAGGAGAAGUGUGUAAAACCUGAUGUGUGUGAAUGUCCUGCUGGCUAUAGUGGACCUAUCUGUGAGGAAGCAAACUGUGAGCCACCCUGUCAGCAUGGAGGCACCUUUGUGGCCAGAAAUCUGUGGACCUGUCCCUACGGCUACGUGGGACCCAGAUGUGAAAUCAUGGUGUGUAACAGGCACUGUGAAAACGGAGGUGAAUGUGUUUCUCCUGAUGUCUGUAGAUGCAAACCUGGCUGGUAUGGGCCCACAUGUAACUCAGCGGUCUGUAAACAGCAGUGCCUAAACGGAGGGCGGUGUGUUCUGCCUGACUUCUGUCACUGUCGGAAAGGCCACAAGGGCUUCACCUGUGCAAUAAAGGCCUCGAGAGCUGCUUCGCCUAGAAUCACAAUCUUGGUGCCUCAGUCCAGAGACAACCUUGAUCGUGCCCCAAACAGAGUCAACUAUCAGCAAGUGUCUAUGGGAGUGGGGCAGGAAUACAAGAGUCAGAGGACAGUCGUCAGUGGUGGAGAUAAUGUCAACAAAGAGACGACUAUCUCUUCCUCCCCCUCAUCAUCACCCAGACGUCCACCAAACAGGAAGACGAGACCAGAUACCACCAUCUCCACUGUGUGCAGGUAUCAGUGUGCAAGAAACAUGGAGUACACUCUGCUCAACACCUGCACCUGCAAGGAAGGUUAUACUGGAUACGACUUUCACAUAGCCAUAUGUCAACCCGACUGUAUGAAUCAGGAGAAGUGUGUAAAACCUGAUGUGUGUGAAUGUCCUGCUGGCUAUAGUGGACCUAUCUGUGAGGAAGCAAACUGUGAGCCACCCUGUCAGCAUGGAGGCACCUUUGUGGCCAGAAAUCUGUGGACCUGUCCCUACGGCUACGUGGGACCCAGAUUGGUGUGUAACAGGCACUGUGAAAACGGAGGUGAAUGUGUUUCUCCUGAUGUCUGUAGAUGCAAACCUGGCUGGUAUGGGCCCACAUGUAACUCAGCGGUCUGUAAACAGCAGUGCCUAAACGGAGGGCGGUGUGUUCUGCCUGACUUCUGUCACUGUCGGAAAGGCCACAAGGGCUUCACCUGUGCAAUAAAGGCCUCGAGAGCUGCUUCGCCUAGAAUCACAAUCUUGGUGCCUCAGUCCAGAGACAACCUUGAUCGUGCCCCAAACAGAGUCAACUAUCAGCAAGUGUCUAUGGGAGUGGGGCAGGAAUACAAGAGUGUCUCACUGCAAUGA